AUGGUGGACGUCGUGGACCGUGCCUGGAACUUCACUGUGCCAUCCGCAGGAGGAGAGCUGACCCUCCAGCAGCUGCAGUUCGUUCCCGAGAGCCGCCGACCCCCUGUGAAGGAGCUCUUCAGGAUCGGCAUGUUCGGGGGCCCUGUGGAGAUCCACUUGGCUGUGCAGAACAAUUCUGGCAAGCUGAAGCCGGUCACGGAAAAGUACACGUCUGACGCAGAACAAGAAGGAGGCUUCGCAGUGGAGGAGGUUCCUGGAGUAGGGUCGACCAUUGCCUACUAUCCGUCGGCACAGGAUGAGGAGCCUUACUAUCUCUACGAUGAUGGAGUCGAUGGGCUCCAGCUGAUGCCGAAGAGGUUGGUCGAGGAUCUCCCAAAGACCGCCUUCUGGACCAUAGAUCCAUUGGAGGGCUCUGGCAACACAAUCCAGAACAAAAACAAUACAUUCUGCCUCCAAGCUGCCGAUACGCCGGUUCAGAACCAGGAAGAGUUCAACGGCACGUCUCCGAAUGAUUGCGGAUCUCAAGGCUUUCUCACAGCAUUGCGAACGAAUUCGGCCGACCACAAUUGGCACCAGUGCUUUGGCUGGGAAAAUUGGAAGCUUUGGGCAGGAGAGAGCUGCCACAGGACUCCCGGCCACACGGAUCACAACCAUGGCGUGGAGAUGCGAUGCCAUGGAGGCAAGGCCCUGCAGGGCACCGAUGCGAUUUUCCCAGGCCAUCACCACGAAACCGGGAAAAUGGCGUACAAUUACACCUGUUGCACACCGAAGCUGCCGCCGUACGUCAUGUUUGCUGGUGACUCCGUACAUGGGAAGGUGAGCUGGGACGGCACGAACUACACGUACUCCUGCAACAGCCUUGGCUUCAUGACUGGGCUCCAUUGGCAUUACGAGACCGGCGGCGACGCCCAUGCAUAUUGUUCAGCGCCAAUGCUUGGCCUCGACCCGACCACCUCUUCCUUGAUCCUAAGUACAUGCAACGCCUCCUUGCCCUUCCAGCAGUGGGAGUUCAAGACGAUUAAGGAUGAGGCCGAUGAGGCGAGCCUUGAGGAAGACUUCGUCACCUUGAGCAGCUGCGAGGCUUCUUUGACCAUUGAUGCCAAGCUGACGACGCCAAGAGCGGUUGACCUCUUGCUGGAGAUUCAGGGGGGUCGGCAAGCUCUCAAUCCCCAGCAGAGGCAGGCUUACCAGUACGUGGUGCAGUACGAGGUGGUGAAGCCCCAGGGUAAUGGGACGCAGGUACUCUUUGCUUGCCAGGCGGCGCAGUUCGGGCAGGGCAAGCUGUGCGCCUCCAGUGCAUCUGUUAGCCCAGAGGACCUGGCAACGGUCUACGCCAACGCGGUGACCCUGACGAUCGACAAAGUGUGCCCCGUGCUCUUGAACCGGUCCCUCUCCGUGGAUCCGGCCCUGGCAAAGCCCAUGGAGCCGAAAGGGAUGACAAUGAAGGACUUCCAAGAUGUCAUGCUAAACCUUCCGUACAAGACGGUUCCCUUCGACAAUGCCAGAGAGUGGCCCUUCUUCUACAACGGCUCCAAGCAGCAGAGGGCGCAGUCAGUGGGAUACCUCAGCGUGCCGGCAAAUGGUGAUGCGUUUUGGGGCGUGACCUGCCCCGCCGGAGCUGUGGUGGUCUCGGAGGAGAAGACACUCCCCCAUUGCCUGGACAUCCAUGCUUCGGCUUCGCAGGAGGUCUUCACCUCCUUUUCAGGGUCAGCCACGUGCCCUUCUGGCAGUGCCAUCAGUGGAUGGUACAACCUUCCUGGCAUCUUCGUGAGGCACAACUCGACUGCCGGAGGCCCUCGCAACUGGACUGGCCUUCGGGUCCUGUGUCGGAGGACGACCUUGAUCGGCUUCUGCGAGCAGCCCUCAAAGCCGCAUUGCACUGUGGGUCACGUGGUGAAUGCCAUCAGCUACAGCGAGAACCAGUUCAAAGUGGGCUGCUGUCGUUUCCUCCGGCCGAUGGGUGCUUCGCUCAUGCCCUACGGACGAGCUGCGAACCCGUAUCUUGGCUUCGAAGGCUACUACUGCCCCACGGAAAUGGGCUCCACAGGGGCGCCCCUCUACAAGAAGACGGCCAUCGGGGUCCUGGGGGCGCCGGGUACCAACUCGGACCUCAACUACACGCUGGUCUGGAACAAGUUCACCGGCAACUGGCUCCUCCGUAACGGGAAGCAUGCGCUCUACACGAUCCACAGCGGCGCCCUCUCGCCGGUGGAGAUCACCGGCGGCCCGAUCUCGGCAACGGCCAUUCGGCCUCUGGCCUCGGAAAGUCAGCCCAAGGUCAAGAGCCCUUUCCCCUCGAAGAAGCCGACGUACCCAAAGCUCCUGGAGUUCCGGGCCGUGCAGCCCAACUACGCGGCGUACUGCAGUCCAGAGCGCCUCCUUCCGCAAGGCGAUGGUAAGAUCGUUGGUCAACCAUCACAGGCAGCGGCAGAGAAGGGGAACAUCCCAAGAAGUACCGGAAGAAUACUUGAGAAGCGUGAGCUGUAG